AUGGCACCUCCAUCUACGACAAACGCAAUGCCGACAUACGGUCCCCGCGCGCAGGCUGCUCUCCUCAAGUCUGCCAACCACAUUUUUGAUUUAAACCAGGCUGCCGAAUCCCUCGAUGAAUUAACAAACGGUAUUACGCUUGCCCACAUUCUCCAUGAAUUAGAUCCAGAAUUUGAUCCAUCACACCUUGAGUCGAGCCAUGGCACCUCGAAGUACCUGACCAACAAACGAAACCUUCAGGCCGUCUAUAAAGGUCUCUUCAGAUUCAUACGUCAACAAGUCCCUGAGCUUAGCUGCCAAGCAAAAAAGUUCGAUUAUCAUGCUGUGGCAGAGAACCCGGAGCCUCAAGGCAUCAGCCAGCUCCUUGCCGUCAUGGUGUCUGCUGCUGCUAUGGGCCCCGAUAACGGCAAAUAUGUUCCUAGAAUCCAACAUGGUCUCGACCGUGAAAAUCAGGCGGAGAUUAUGCAAAUCAUUCGAGCAAUGCAACAAGAUAUCUCCAAUUACAAGGAUGACGAUGAUCUGGAUGAGGCUAUCGAUGCGGUUAUGGAAGCGAGGGAUAUCGAUCUCCUAGUAGAAGAGCAAAAUGCCGUGCUUCGGCAACAGCUUGACAGCACAAAGAAGAAUCUCUCGGAUUAUAUUACUCGUUUGGAAUAUCUUCAGCAGAGCCAUGAAGAGCUAAAAUAUGAAAAGGAAAAAAACGAUCGUGAACUCGAGGUUUUACGAAAAGCUACGCAAGACGGCGCCAACAGUGCAGAAGCUAUCAAAUUACUUGAGGCUCAGGUCCACGAACAAAUGGAAAUCAUAGCGAGGAAUGAAGAGACUAUCCGUAAUCACGAUCGAGUUAAAUCUCAGCUAGAGGGCGAGGUUCAAAGAUUGAACCAGAAGAGCAUACAGGCAGACGAACUCAGGGAUCAGGUAGCAGAAUGGAAGCACAAAGCGGAGGAAUUUGAAAAGAAAGCAAAUACAGCAGAGAGAUACAAGCAGAAACUUGAAUCUCAGCAACACCUUGCUAAAGAAGUCCAAAAUCUACAGUAUGAAAAGGCCGAGUUGCAGGAACAGCUGCGCUUCCUCGUGGAUGACAGAGAGAAGAAUGAGAGGACCCGGAAAGCCGAGGAUGAACUCACUAAAAUGAUUACACAAUCCGAGCAACACCUGUGGGAUGAGCGCAAUCAAAAGAAUCAGCUGAUUAAAGACGUUGCUGCACUGGAGGAGGAGCUAACGAGACUAAAGGCUCAAAGAACACACGAUGAAAGGUUCAUUCAGGACUUGCAAGAACAGGUGCAACAAGGGCCAGAUGGGGUAGCACAAGACGGCAACAUUACCGCACUCUCCGGGGCUUUUAGUUUGGAGGACGAGUUGAAUAAUGCGACUGACGGGGAUAGACAGACCAAUCUUCCGUUAGAAUUGUCUCGAUUUAAGGCUGAAAAUGAACUUCUAAGACGAACACUUGGAUCGACUGGCGAUGCAGCCCUUCUCAGGCGUGAGCUUGAAGAGCAACGCCGGCAGCGGGAUCGUCUCCAGCAGAAUUUCAAUGACAUUUUCGAAAAGCAUACAUUAUCUCAAGAACAAAUUACAGCUUUAAUAAAUGACUCCAGCAAUGAAGGGUCCGAAGCAUUCAUUAAUUUGCAAACUCAGCUCGUCGGUUCACAGGAAGAGCUUGAUGCAAUCAAAAAACAAGCCGCCGAGCUGCAAUCUAAGGUUUCAGACACGAAUCGAGAGCUGAUUGCAGCCAAAGCAAAGCUUUCGGCCGCAGAAAAAGGCGGGACCGAGGCUAUUGAUGAGCUCAAGAGCACUGACAAACUGAUAUCCGAAUCCCUCAAGGCAGAGCUGGACAGGCUCAGGGAGGAGUACAAUUUUGUCGUCAGUGAACGGGACGCUCAGAAGUCUCAGCUAAUUGAUGCACUUCUUGCCAAGGAAAAGCUCAGAAAAGAGGUCGAAGACACAAAAGAAUUGCAAGAGAGCUCAAUGGCUGGGUCAGCGGAUGCAGACAUGUCUGAGACGAUGAGGAAAUCCAGUGAAAAGAUAGAAAAACUGCGUACACGCCUCAAAGAACGUAAAUUGCAACUUGAACAAUCGGAGCAAGAAAAACUCGACUUGCAAAAUCGUCUCAAAGCAGAGCAAGGCGGUGAGGCUUCGGCUGGCCAAAGGGCUGCUACUGAUGAGCUUAUGAAGAACCUUCAAAGAGAGAACGCUCUCAUUGCGACAGCGUGGUUUAAUCUCACAAGCCGACUGCAGAGCAACCAUGUUGUAGUUCAGCGGCGGCAUGACGCGCCAAGAAGCUGGCUGAACAAGCAGAGGCAGAUGGUCAAUGGUCAGUUGCGCCAACGCGACUUGCUCUACCUCUACUGA